UCGGAGGUCCCGUCUCCUACGGAGGAUAGCAACAGCUCACUCUUAGGUCCUGGUCGCGUCACUUGUGGAGCGCAGCAGGGCAGCUGCCGCCUUGGCGAGAUCGGCCAAGACAGCCCUCACUGGGCCUGGUCAGACAAAACCCCCCCUCCCCUGCCCACUUCAGGACAGGCGAACCCGACCGAGCGAUAACGAUAAACUGCCGUCCUCGUCGGCCCCUCCGGUCGUAUGCCUCACGACAGUGUCCGCGUUUGUGCCCCGGCGCCAUCAAAUCUCAUCCCAGGUCAUGUCUCCGACAGAUUCACGCUGGACGGCCCGGGAGGAGUUGCUUCGACCGUCGAUCGCCUUGCACUGGUUGGCGUGACAUCCAUGGCUCGACGCUCGAUGCUGCUGACGAGCCCCCUCGACGGCCGAGCCGGACUGCCCGAACUGAAAGAUGCCGAGUACGUCCGCGAGGUUUUGGGCCGAUCCGAUGGCGCCACCGAGUCGGAUAUCGAGCAGGAGUUGGUGUUAAGGGCAGCGGCCCUUCGGAUUGAGCUGCCGACUUCACGACGGCCUAGCACACAAGACCACAGGAUCGCCGCAGGUCGGUUUCUCGAGACGCCCCCACAACAACAUAGCCGGGCUGGAUCGGCAGGCUCGGACGGGACUACAAACACAGUCAUGACGUCGCGGACAACAGAUCAGACGACAGCGACACCCGCUCCACCAGCGGAGGCUUCGACGACGAGGAGGAGGAGGUCUAGCACGCUCAGCUUUUCUCAGUACGAAAAGUACAUCAGCCAGGUCGAUCCUGCGUUGAUUCAAUCCAAGCUCCCCAGGCCAACACGUGGUGAGAAGUCGGAACGGACAGGAGGGAAACCAGUGAGGUCGGGGACAAAGAAGGGGGUUAGGGGGUUCACCCGCAGUAUUGCGGCUAGGCUGAAAAGGAGGAGGCCGAGCCCGAGCUUGCCCAUGCCUUGUGUGUGCUGCCGCGAAGACUUCACGACCGACAGCAACAUCUUGCACGCGCUCCCUUGCGGCCACUAUUAUUGCCGCGACUGUCUGACCGUCAUCAUAGAUCAGUCGAUCUCGGACGAGUCCAAAAUGCCGCCGAGGUGUUGCACCCAGCCCAUACCGAGCGCCAUCAUCAAGAUGGUCCUCACACAAGAAAAGCAGCGCCUGUUUCUCAAGGCGGUAGUGCAGUACAACACCCCCUGGGAGGCGCGCACCUUCUGCCCCAACGCCGCCUGCGGCGAGUUCAUCCCGCCCGCCGCCGAGGUCGACCCCAAACACCCUUUCGAGGCGCUCUGCCAGGCCUGCCGGACCCAGGUCUGCCUCCUGUGCAAGCGCAACGCCCACCAGCUGGGGCAGGACUGCCCCGAGGACCGCGACAGCGAGGCCGUGCUCAAGAUGGGCGAGACGUCGGGCUGGCGCCGCUGCUACAAGUGCCGGUCGCUGGUCGAGCUGGCCCAGGGCUGCACCCACAUCACUUGUCGGUGCAAGGCCCAGUUUUGUUACAUCUGCGGCGCCGUCUGGGACCGGACUGUUGGGUGUCCCAACUUUUGCAACGGCGAUGAGGAGUUGGAGCGCCGCCGCGUCGAAGAGGAGGCCCGCCUAGCGGAGCUCGAGGCUGAGAAGCUCGCGCGGGAAAAGGCCGCCGAGGCGGAGGAGAAGGCCAAGCAGGACGCGGAGAAGAGGACACAGGAGAGUGGCGAGUUCAAGGCGCUCAGGGAACGGCAGGAGGCCGAGAUGGCCCGCUUCAACGAGUACGAGCAGAAGGUGAAGGACGCGCUGCAGAACCGGCAGUCGAGCAUGAAGAUCGCCCUGGGCGACAAGUUUGCGGACCUCAUGCUCAAGAUGCGCGAGCGCCACGCCAAGACGGAGCAGCACCUCGAGGACCGCCAGGUCCUGGCCGAGAUCGAGCUGCAGGCCGGCUUGGAGGAGAAGGAGAAACGGGUGCAGAUCAAGCUGCGGCACAUGGAGGACUACUGCAACGGUAAGGCCGGCCUCGUCGCGCCCCCUGACGAGCAACCACCACCACCACCAUCAGAAUCACAACCAGAACCACAAUCACAACCACAAUCCGAAUCACAACCACCACCCCAGGAACAACAAGAACAACCAGCCGACCCCCAACCCCAACCCCAAAACCCUCCCCCAACAACCACAACGACAACAACAAUGCCCCACCGCCUUGUAACCCCCCGCGACCUAGAACAACUCCGCCAGCAAUACACCCUCCGCGACAGCCUGACCCGCCGGCACCGUUCCCAGAUCCACGGCCUGCGCGAGAAGCAGGCCCGGCGCAUGGAGGAGCUGGUCGCGCGGCACGAGCGCGAGGUCGACUUGCUGGCCGCGCGCCGCGCGUCUGACCUCGUCGCCCUUGUUGUGCAGUCGGCGAAUGAUGAGGAUGCCUUACUGCGGGUGUGUGCUGCGCGCAAGGGGAGGUUGGGGAGGCGGUGGCGGAUGGAGGUGGAGGUUUUGAGGGCGGAGUUGGAGAGGAGGGAUGGGGUAAGGUAUGCCGAGGGGGGGGUGCCGGUUUGGGUGGGCGGGGAGGAGGAUGAUGGUGGGGAUGGGAUGCUGUUGGGUGAUGGUGGUUGUUUGGGUGGGGAGGGAUGGGGGGUGCAUCAUGAUGCGCGGCUGUUGGGGGGUGAUGCACGGUCGGUUGUCGUGUGAUGUGGGUUGUGUGGGAAACGACUCUUUUUCUGUUUUUUGCCCUCUUUUCUCCUACUUCGUUGGGCCGUUUUGUUGGAUGCUAUGGCCGCUUCUCAUCACGCUUUCCUAUCUCUCGGGG